AUGGCGAGCAGCGGCGAGGUGCACAGAUCGCUGCAGGCGGUGGCGCAGGGGCUGCGCUGGACGUACGCCAUCCUCUGGCAGCUCUGCCCCGACCAAGGCGCGCUGGUGUGGACGGAGGGCCACUACAACGGCGCCAUCAAGACGCGCAAGACGGUGCAGCCGGCCGUCGCCCAGGCGCAGGCGCCGGCGGCGGAGGCAGCCGACCAGGCCCGGAGCCGGCAGCUGCGGGAGCUGUUCGACUCGCUGGCCAGGGAGGCUGCCGCGGGAGGCGGCACAGGCUUCAGGGACGUCCACGGCUGCGCCCAGGAGGCUCGGCGGCCCAGCGCGGCGCUGGCGCCGGAAGACCUGACGGAGACGGAGUGGUUCUAUCUAAUGUCCGCCUCCUACUCCUUCCCUCCCGGCGUCGGGUUACCUGGAAGGGCCUUUGCAAGGGGAGGGCACGUAUGGCUUAGUAGAGCAAAUGAAGUUGACAGCAAGGCCUUCUCAAGAGCAAUACUUGCCAGGAGUGCAGGAAUCAAGACGGUCGUAUGCAUUCCGAUUGUCGACGGUGUCCUGGAAAUCGGGACCACAGAAAAGGUGGAGGAAGAGAUGGGUUUGGUCCAGUAUGCAAUGGCCAUCUUCAUGGAUCAACAAGAAACCCACAUGAUCCCCAGCAUCUGCCAUUCCAACCAAACCAGUCACAUUGAUCAACAGUCACUCCAAACACACACUGGUCAGACAAAGCCGGAGCCAAACAAGUUUGACCCAGAGUACGAGGAUGAUGAGAUGGAGUACGACGAAGACGAGAUCGAUGCGGGGUGUGCAUCGGGUUCGGAGACCAAUACCGGAUGGGAUUACUGCCGGCAUGGUCCACCGAACAUUACAAGCAAUGAUGAUCAUGCAACACAUAAUGCAGGGAGGAGCAGCGAGCUGAUGCAGGUUGAGAUGUCGGAGAGGGUGAGAGAUGGGUGCUCAAGCAAUUUGGGCGAUGAGAUCCAAAUGCUGAUGGUCUGCCAGAAUGGUACUAGUGACCAUUCCAAUUUGCAUGUGCAAGAUGAGCCCUGGCAUUUUCUCUAUGAGGAGUUGUGCAGUGGCUACCCCCAGUCGUCAGCUGCAGGUGAAGAUCAAGCUAUGGCUGAAAAUGCUCACUACGCACACACAGUCUCGCUGAUCCUGCAUCGCAACAACGCCCGGAGACAGGCCGACGGCCUGAACACCAGGUCCUACCUGGCAGUCUCACACCGAUCUUCAUUCUCCAGAUGGGAUGCUGGCAUCCAUGGACGCACGGUCGCCGAAGGCACCACCCGGCAGAAGAUGCUCAAGAGUGUCCUCCUGUUCUUCAAUGCUGCCUGCAACAAGCCACCUGGUGAUCUGAUUCUGAGGUGCGACGAAGCCGGUGCGCGGAGGGAGGUCGACUUCGGCGCCAGCCAUGUCAUGCAGGAGCGGAAAAGAAGGGAGAAGCUCAACGAGAGGUUCAUCAUCCUGCGGUCCCUGGUGCCCUUCGUCACCAAGAUGGACAAAGCGUCGAUACUCGGGGACACGAUCGAGUACGUGAAGCAGCUGACGAAGCGCAUCCAGGACCUUGAAUCGUCGACGGUCAGGGGGGCGGCGAUGCCGAAAGAGAAGCGUGCGCUGCUGACGGGGAAGGAAGGGCCCAGCAGCAGCAGCGGUAGCAGCAGCAGCGCCCCUGUGGCCACGGACGUGCAGGUGUCCAUCAUCGAGAGCGACGCGCUGCUGGAGCUCCGGUGCCCCGACAGGCGCGGCCUGCUGGUGACCAUCAUGCAGGCGCUCCAGGAGCAGCUCCGGCUCGAGGUCACCUCCGUCCAGGCGUCGUCGGACCACGGCGUGCUGCUCGCCGAAAUGCGAGCCAAGGUGAGGGAGGUGCAUGGGAGGAGCAGCAGCAUUUCUCAAGUGAAGAGAGCGAUCCAUCUCAUCAUCUCAUCGGGAUGAGUGGAUAUGCAACAGAAUUGUAGCAUAUGCCACCAGCUCUCCCUUGAUGCUUAUGAGUCGAUAAAAAGCACUAAAGAUGACCACUGUUUAUCAGGCUUUGCUUUUUCUUUUCUUUUUUGGUAUUAUUUUUAGCCUCUGUUCAUAUAUGUCAACACUAAAGAUGAUGCCUUAAAGAAGAACGCCAAGGAUGAUGCUUUGCCAAUCUUGUUUAAUU